UACAAAUCUAACUGGUCUUGUGGCUAACUAGACUCUGGCCUGGAAAAGAAGGCUAUGCGCAUGCCAGAUAGAGAAGCCAAUCAAUGCCAAGAACAGUUUUUGUCAACUCUUUUUUGUGAGUUUAUCUAGAAUGGCCACACCAUCGAUAUCUCCGGUACUUGAUGAUCAGGACCAGAACCAAACAUCACAGGCUAGCUCUACCAUCCCAAGUGAGACUCAGACUCUGAGUCAGAGUGAAGAGGAUAAAGUCAAAAAUGUUGUUCGCCUGUCUGAGCACGAGUUUCUCCUAUCAGAUCUCUGGAAAUACGAGAAAGCAUCAGAGGGUCUAAAGUGGGAGACGUGGCUAAAAGAAAACUAUGAUGAUCUGGUGGAUGAUAAUCCCCUCAAUGUGAGGUACACGUAUCAAGACUCAAUUGACAAACUUGAUAAGAAAUUCCGAGGAACUGCAACUCAUGGCCUAGCUAGGAGUAGUACAUCUUUCACUUUUGAAAACAUGAAGAAAAUAAUUUCUAAGAUGCCUCCCGAACAACUUGUUAAAACAGAUAAGGAUGAAGAUUUGCCAGUUCAUAGUGCUAUUCAGAGUGGGAUUAGAGUCGAUCAAAACAAGAUAGGUCUUUUCGUCAAGGGAGAUUCUCAGCAAAUUAGUUAUAUUCUGCGUGCAAAAAACGGUAAAGGAAAAACUCCCAUCGAAUUAGCUUUCGAAAUGCAACACCGUGCAGCAGUCAAGCUACUGUUUAACCUGUGUGUUCAGCACAAUGUCCUAUCCAAUCUGACAGGAAUCAAUUUUAAUCUGGGUGACCGAAGUAACACUCUUCUCCACAUUGCUUGUAGAGAGGGUAUGUGGUCAUGGUUCCUUGACAUCGUUAUUGGCGCAUGUAACCACGAUAUCCUUCCUGCUAUACAAGUUCUGGAUGAAGAGGAUCACACACCUUUUCACUAUCUCAUGAACUGUAUUCCAGAUGAUUCUAACGAGUUGGAUACAUUUAGAGCAGUGCUAGAUUUACUGAAACAAAAUGAAGUUGACAUCAAUAAAAUAUACACAGACAAGAACAGAAGGACAAUGCUUCAUAAAGCCCAACGCAGCAACAGCACACAUGCAGUAUCUUUGCUAGUCGAGUAUAAUCACAAAGAUGUUCCAGACAAGCAAGGGACUAAACCAUCUCAGAGAGUCCACCACAUCGAAUUCGAAGACAUGGACAAGAGGGUGACCAGUCUAGUACUAUCUGAGACAAGUGAUGUCUCCUCGAGCUCUGCACCGUCAUAUUCCAGCACUUCUCCCUUCCAUAGUGGUACUCAAGUGUCUGAAGGGCAACCGUUGGUGAGGAGUAGUGAUGAGACAAUUUAAUUUGUUGUUAUCUCCAUCGAACACAUGACUUUGUGCAUGUACAAGAAUGCAGCCUUGUAAAUAAUUUUUGUUAAUACUGUAUAUAUAAUUUUAAACGUUAGCAUGCAUCAAAUCGUGUCUGCUUAUUAGGUG